AUGCCAGGAAAAUUGAAGUCUAAAUGGAUCGGCCCAUAUACCAUCGUCGGCAUCCGUACAAACGGAGCAGUGGAGAUCCAGGGAAGUGCUCCUAACUUUGUUCCUUUCCUUGUCAAUGGUCAUAGAGUAAAAGUCUAUAGGGAUAAUUCCGAGUUAACUGAGGUCACGAUUGACUCGACGAGUAAACUGAAUGAGGAUUUGCUGCAGGUCAGUUUGAGUGCGUUCGCCUUCCUGUUUUCGGAGCUCGUUCAGUACAAUCAGAUUCAAGUUGACAACAUAGCAGAGUUAGAAAGAAGGUUAGAGGAUGCCGGCUAUGCUGUUGGAGCCAGGGUUCUGGAAUUGCUUUGUCAUAGGGAGAAGGGUAACAGGAGGGAGACACGGCUAUUGGGUAUUCUGUCUUUCAUACACAGCACAGUAUGGAAAGUGUUGUUUGGAAAGGUUGCUGACUCUCUUGAGAAAGGUACCGAGCAUGAGGAUGAGUACAUGAUCAGUGAGAAGGAGCUUCUUGUCAACAGAUUUAUUUCAAUUCCCAAAGAUAUGGGUGCCUUCAACUGCGGAGCAUUUGUUGCUGGAAUUGUGAGGGGGGUCUUGGAUAAUGCCGGUUUUCCGGCUGUUGUAACAGCUCAUUUUGUGCCUGUGGAUGGGCAUCACCGACCCAGGACAACUAUUUUGAUUAAAUUUGCUGAAGAGGUACUGCAACGAGAAGCAAGAUUGGGUUAACAGAAGGGAAAAUUGGAGCAAUGGCUUUGGUAUGUUGACAUAUUUGCGAGCAUCUAGAGAAAUUCGCUUAUAAGAUUGGUGAAUGUUGAGAUGAUUGGCUAAGUUGACUAUGUUACCUGUGAAGGUGCCGAGGGAUUUUCAUUACCAUCGACUUUACAAUAUGAUUGUUUUAUGUUUCAAGACAAUGCUUUACUUGGAAUGAAUUACAAGACAGCUACACAAAUCGUGUUGAGAAUUCCUAAACUUUCAGUAUUUCUGUGUUCUGUAAA